AUGGAGAUGAAAACUAUCGUGAAAAAACGCAGUCUCGUUGAAGAUGCGCAAAACGAUGAAAACGCAAGUGACAAUUGCGAAACUUCAACUGCAGCUAGCUGCACUGCGGAGGAGACUCAACAUAGCGAGGUACCGAAGGUCGAAGGAACGCUGAAACCAGGCUCGCAGAUACGGCCGGUGGUAAGCGAAGAGGAGGUGCACAAACUGGCCGAACGUCUUUAUGGAAUCAUUGUGCUGGAAAUGUGCGAGCUUGAUUCAUACGAUGACCGCAAUUUCAUGAUCCAAGCCGACAGUUAUGUGAAAAAUCCAAUACUGAAAUCAAUCAGCCCGAGCGGUUACGUGAUGAAGAUAGCGAACUCACUUGAUUCGAGGGAUGAAUCGUUCUUUCAUGCGCAAAAUGAGAUCAUGCUGCAUCUUAACAAGCGUGGCAUCAAAUGCCCUGUGCCAGCGCAGAAUAUUUACGGCAAGCACCAUUCUAUGGAGAAACUGGGCGAAUCGAAGCACAUCGUACGGUUGUUGGAAUAUAUACCGGGGAAGGUGUUCCACGGUGUACCUCAUCCGGACAGUUUGUUUUACCAGGCAGGACAGUUUAUUGCCCGGAUUGAUUCCGCAUUGAAGUCCAUUGAUAAGGAAAUGGUUAUGAAACGACAAUCCAUUUGGAUGCUGGACAAUUUUCCUCAGUUGAAAGAUUUCCUCUACGUAAUAAAAGACGAACACCAUAAAGGUAUCGUCGAACAGGUGCUGGAUGCAUUUCAACGACGUGUUAUGCCGAAUUUAAACGAGUGCGAGCAGGGUGUGAUCUACGGUGAUUUCAACGAGCACAAUGUAAUUGUGAACAAAAAGCCAUCGAACAGCAAAGAAUAUGAAAUAGUUGGUAUAAUAGAUUUUGGUGACGUGUGCUACUCACGCUACGUGUUCGAGCUGGCAAUUGCAAUGGCGUACAUGAUUUUGGAAGCAAACGAUCUGAAUAUUGGUGGGCUGGUGAUGGCCGGGUACAGCAUGAUUCGAUUGAUUCCUCCGCAUGAGAAAGAAAUACUGAGGGUUUGCAUCGCAGCCCGUCUUUGCCAAAGCCUUGUGCUAGGGUUGUACACAGCUACAGUGGACUCGAGCAAUCAAUAUAUUCUUUCCUCGCAAACCCGCGGAUGGAACGUGCUGGAAGCACUGUGGACCGAAACCGAUAAAGAUAUUUUGGAGCGAUGGAAUUCAAUUGCUGAGGAAUAUUUAACAUGUAGCUCGUAA